AUGGUGAAUGGAGAAAAGCGUAAAGGGCAAGUCAGGACUGUAAAUUGGUUGUUGGGCAAAGUUAGGAUUCUCACACAUCUUGCUGAAUAAGCUCCACCUUGCAGUAACGUAUCACUGGGAACAUUGUGAAAGAGCAACUAAAUAUCAAUGGAUCGAAUUCAGAAAGGUUGUGAAAAUGCCAAUGUUAACAAUUAUAUUACCCACUUCUGCUCCUCCUCCUCCUCCAUCGAUCUGUGCACAAAUGACGCAUUGCCGAUGAAUUGUGCAGGUGUACUUCGUGGAGGUGUACUUGGCUAUCCGGUGGAAAGCCAGCCACAUCAAUCACCCAGUCUACAGAGAGAUGAUCAGAAGAGUUUCACAACAACCAUCUGCUGCGUCAACAAAGAAACCGAAACGAACAUCAUUAGAAAAAAGAAGCAGAAGACUACAAUGAGGACCGUCAUUAAGCAAGGGAAUUCGAAUAAGAAGCGUUACAGAGGCGUGAGACAGAGGCCCUGGGGUAAAUGGGCUGCAGAAAUCAGGGACCCAAAUAAGGCAGUUCGGGUUUGGCUCGGGACUUUCUCCACAGCAGAAGAUGCAGCCAAAGCUUACGACGAUGCUGCUCUUAAAUUCAGGGGUAGAAGAGCCAAAUUAAACUUUCCACAGACAGCCUCCCUUUCCCACCAUAAGAAUAACAAUAAUGCUAGUGUGAAAUCAAGUCAUAAAGAUGUUUCCAUUGCUUGUAGCAUGAAGAUUCCAGCCGCACCCUCAAUAUUAACAGAUUUCUCUUUCACACCCACUUAUGAAAUGCAAAGCACAGGUGCAAUUCGACAGGCAGCCGCUUUUCCUGACUUGGUUUCCUCCUCACCAUCUUUAUCUCCAAUGUGUUGUGAGAAUAUGCAAAUGGUACAUAGAGGUAUAAUGGAUUGUUAUCUUCCUUACGAUGAAACUCGGCGCUAUACUGGAUUUACAAGGCAGCAGCAACACCAGUUGGUUGCAUGGUUCAGCAAAUAGAUCAUAUCCAUAUCCAGUUAAGGAAAUGGAUAUGAAAAUUAGUAACAGCAAUAAAUACUUCUUAAGCAGUUUUUGGUCAGGUCACAUCUUAUCAGUAUGUAAUAGAAACAGAUAUGAACAUCUUAUCAGAUGCUUCUUCAGUGAAACCAAACAUGGAUAAUACAUAAUAAAUAUUACAGGGUAAUCAAUCAAAUUUAUAGGAAAACCCAUAAUUAUAAAUAUUGGAUUAGCUACAACAUUUAUGGUUGAUAGGUGAGAGAGCAUGGUCAGAACGUGGGGCGGCUGAAGACGGCGUUGGGCGGCUAAAGACUGCGCUUGGUCGGCUUGUCUGUGCCGACUGAUUUCAUAGAUAAUUAAUUUAUCUUUUUCUAAGAUUAAGCGAUUUUUUGUCCAGCGUUUUAACCGUAUUGGAGAGCAAGAGUUGCACAAUAUUCACUCUAAUUCACUCAUAAUUGCAGAAGUAAGAAGCGGGACUUUGCUCAUUGUUAUUAUUAUUAUUGUUUAUAUCGUUUUCUAAAACUACUCA